GGUAACUUUUCAUUGACGCACCGGAGAUAACUCGCAGAGAAAAUAACUCGUUGAAUAAUACCAGUGCCUGUUUGUUUACUUCUGUAAGUCGCAUUAGUGCCAGAAACCAUGGCUGCAACACCCGACGCGGACCAGCCGUCAGUUUCUACCGUAGGACAAAGUAGAACUCGACUUUGCGACGAGUUUGCAUCUAUAGCGGGAACUGACAGCACCGUGGCGCAGCGCUAUCUGGUGGAAAAUGACUGGGAGAUGGAGCGGGCCUUGAACUCGUUUUUUGAGGCAGACAUGGAGAAAGUGUUUGAAGUAGAAGAUUCUCCAAAGAGCGAGACCAGCUCCAAAAGCAAGAAGUCGAGAGUUGAGGGAGAACCUCCAGCAGACUGCAUAGAUUUGACCGAAGACAUUCCAGCAUCCGCACGCAAGCCAUCAGAAGAAGAAGACAACAGCAAACUCUCUCUGAUCUCCUGGAAUGUAGAUGGACUUGAUACUGACAACCUUGCUGAGCGAGCCAGAGGCCUGUGCUCCUAUUUAGUCCUAUACACUCCUGAUGUGGUUUUUCUACAAGAGCUCAUUCCACCCUACGUCCAGUACUUAAAGAAACGAGCUGUCAGCUACCUGUUUAUUGAAGGUGGUGAAGAAGGUUACUUCACUGGGAUAAUGCUGAAGAGGUCACGAGUCCAACUGGCAGGGAGCGAAAUAGUCACUUUCCCGACCACUCAGAUGAUGAGAAACCUGCUUGUAGCUCAGGUGGAGUUCAAAGGCCAGAAGCUGUGUCUGAUGACAUCCCACUUUGAGAGCUGUAAGGGCCACGCUGAGGAGCGGAUGAAGCAGCUGCGAGUGGUGAUGCAGAGGAUGAGAGAGGCACCGGACACUGUCACUGUCCUGUUUGGAGGAGACACAAACCUGAGGGACCCUGAGGUGGCCAAGGUGGGUCUACCCUCCGGUGUCUAUGACCUCUGGGAAAAACUGGGAAAACAGGAGCACUGCCGCUACACAUGGGACACCAAAGCUAAUAACAACAAAGCUGCUAAAUACGUCAGUCGGUGCCGCUUUGACCGAAUUUACAUCCGCCCGCCAACGAAAGAUGGAGUCCCGCAUCUAGUGCCUGACCACAUGGCCCUGGUGGGGCUAGAGAAACUUGACUGUGGCCGCUACACUAGUGAUCACUGGGGAAUCUACUGUAGCUUCACUGCUGGAUAGAAACAAACAACUUAUUCAGAUCACUGAACUCACAGCCCACUGCUUGUAAAUUUUAUAACAUUAUCUCGUUUCAUUUUUUUUGUUGUCUCUUAAAUGUAGAAAAACUCUGAUAAAUGUUAGAUUAAUAAAGUUUGCAUUGCUGUAAAAUUUA